CCGAAGCCGCAGCGGCCGCGGGGCCGGGACCUGACCGUGCCGGACACCGAGGGCUCCGGGUCGCGCCGGGGAUGCAGGGCAAAGUGGCCAUCAGCUCUUCCAGCCCUGUUGUGGCAGCUUCAUUACCACCCCCAUCCCAGGCCAGACAGCCACUCAUCAGCACUGGGGAGAUCUUCAAGCUUCCAGGCAGGCUGAGGAUCCAGCCCGCCCUGUGGAGCAAGGAUGACGUGAUCCACUGGCUCAGAUGGGCUGAGAAGGAAUAUUCCCUUCGGCAAACCGACGAGAGCAAGUUCGAAAUGAACGGCAAAGCCCUGUGCAUCCUCACCAAGGAGGACUUCAGACACCGAGCUCCCAGCUCAGGUGAUGUGCUUUAUGAAAUACUCUGCUUAAUUAAGACUCAAAGAAGAGCUCUGGUGUGCAGCCCUUUGCUGAACUCACCCUUUGGGAAGGCCAGGAGCACGGAGGAAGGGACAGACUGCAGUGCUGAGGCUGCCCCAGUCCUUGUUCCCUCCUGGCUGGGCUGUGCACAACAGCCUGUGUUCCUCAGCCACGUGGAGCCACUGAACCUGUCCCAUCACAGCUCAGAGAGUGGCUGCAGGGCAGGUGCCAUCUGCUCCUUUCCUACAACCCCGUUGGCCCCAGUGGAUGGGAAAAUGGCAGACUGCAGGUUGCUGUGGGAAUACGUGUACCAGCUCCUCUCCGACCGCCGCUACGAGCCCUACAUCAGGUGGGAAGACAAGGAAGCCAAGGUCUUCCGGGUGGUUAACCCAAAUGGACUCGCCCAGCUCUGGGGGAACCACAAGAACCGGAUGAACAUGACCUAUGAGAAGAUGUCACGAGCACUCAGACAUUACUACAAACUCAACAUCAUCAAAAAGGAGCCAGGGCAGAAGCUGCUGUUCAGGUUUUUGAAGACUCCUGGGGAGAUUGUCCAUGAGAAAUCCAGCAAACUGGAGCAGCUGGAGAAUGAGGACCAUGAAGAUUCAAAAGAAGACCCACUGGAGGUUUCACUCUAGAAAAUCUUUGGAGGUGCCUCACAGACAGACUUGUGCUCUGCUGGGAAGUGCUGGUGUGUCUUGCAUCUCCUGGACAGAAGGCCACAGAGCUGGCCCUGGAUUUCAAAACCUGCCCUGAGCCAAAGCUGGGACAUCUCUGGGGCCACAUUAGCAAAACUCCCCCAGAAACCGUCCCCCAGCCCCGACAGUGCAUGUGAAUGUGUGUGGGCUGGUCUUCUGCUUGUUUCUCCCCUGCCCUCAGGGAGAGAAUGUGAUAUUUUUGCUCUGAAAACUUUGAUGCUUGUCUUUAAGGCUCGA